AUGGGGUACACAAAGGAAUAUAAAAAAAAGGGUACACACUUUGCACUGCUUCGAGAUGGAUCAAGUGAAAUGUGCACCUCGGAGGUCUACCAAAUUAGGAGAGAAAUAUUCUCACAUAAGAAUAUAAAGGACAUACUUGAAAGGAUAAUAAUCAAGAGAGUCACUGAAGGACGUCUCAAUCAGUUGAACAGCUUUUCCUACCUAUACAGCGUUGAAGAAAUAUAUGAGCAACUGAAAAAACUACAAUCCCUUUAUGACCAGUGCGAUAAUUUGGAGGACCUACCCAAACUGUUUGGAGUGCCCAUCAUUUUAAAGGACAACAUUUGCACAAAAAAUAUUCCAACCACAUGUGGUAGUAAAAUUUUAGAAAAAUAUAAACCGUCCUAUGAUAGCACUGUUGUGAGAAGGUUGAAAAAACAAGGAGCGGUAAUAGUGGGGAAGACUCAUUUGGACGAAUUUGCAAUGGGAUCCUGCACAGGAGGGGGUGUAAAGAAUCCCUUCAAUGAAAGUGAUCUAUCUUGUGGUGGGUCUUCUGGCGGAUCGGCCAGUUGUGUUGGCUCCAGAAUGAUCAACUGCUCAGUAAAUACAGACACAGGGGGAUCCAUUCGAACCCCAGCUGCUCUAUGUGCAUGCAUAGGGAUGAAACCCACCUAUGGAAGGAUCAGCAGGUAUGGUAUUAUCCCCUAUAAUGAAGAAACCGAUGUUGUAGGACUUAUAGUUAACAAUGUGUAUGACUGUAGUAUCCUCUUGGAUGUCCUUUCCGGAGGAGAUAAAAACGAUCUAACUACCCUCAAAGGGAAAAAAAAAAAAUUUCACCUCAAGUUAAAAAAGUAUGAAGCGUCGCUGAACUUUUGUGAAAAUAAGUGCCCCCUAAAAAAUGUAAAAUUUGGCUACCUAAGUGAGGAACUUUUAAAAAACUACUUCGUAGAUCCUCUAACGUAUCAAACAUAUUUGCGGGUCAUGCAAAACAUCGAACAAAUGGGGGGAACUUUAAUCAACACAGAUUUGCAUGAACUAAGUGACUACUGCUAUUUGUAUUAUAUGCAUUCGAUGACCAUCGCGAAUAGCAACCUUUCCAGAAUUAAUGGGAUAAACUACAACAUGCCGAAUGUGUUUGGAAAAUCCAAUUUUGUUAGACAAGUAAGAUCCACUCUGAUAAGUGAAAAGGUGCUAACGAGAAUUAUUGGUGGGUCCAUAAUAUCGUCUCGCUUCCAAGGGGGGUCCUUACAACACAUCUUCGAAGCUGCAAAGCGGAGGUUAACUAGAGUGCUUGAUGAAAUUUUUGCCCAAGUAAAUUUCGUUUUGCUACCCUCCUUGCCGAGGUCAAACAAUUUGAAGGAGUCCAUAGGAUCCCCUCACGGGGGUAACCCAAACGCACAAAAUGAUACAAUCCAGGAGCAGCAUUCUCCCAUCAGUGCACCUAUUGCGCGCACUUUCAGUGAAAUUCCGCCCCCCCCUGAGGGAUACAACAACUACAUGAAGGAAAUCUUCUCAGUUGUGUCGUCAAUAACGGGACACCCAAGUAUCGUCAUCCCAACGGGGGAGUUUACCCCACAGUUUAAUGAACCACAGUCGUUUCAACUGCUAAGCAGAAAUUUGAACGAAGCGGGGCUGCUCAAAGUUGCCUUGGCUUAUAAGACACAAAUGCAGGUGGAUAAAAGGAUAAUGGAAAACUUAAGGGGUGUUACCCGUAAAGUUGGUUGA